AUGCCAGGACAGAAGAUUGAAACAGGUCAUGAGGACAUUGUCCAUGAUGUGCAAAUGGAUUACUAUGGAAAGCGAGUAGCAACUGCCUCAUCUGACUGCACCAUCAAGAUAACCGGUGUCAGCAACAACGGUGGAUCGCAGCAUCUAGCUACAUUAACAGGCCACCGUGGUCCUGUCUGGGAGGUCGCAUGGGCUCACCCAAAGUUUGGAUCAAUCCUAGCUUCGUGCUCCUAUGAUGGUCAAGUCAUACUCUGGAAAGAAGGCAACCAGAACCAAUGGACCCAAGCUCAUGUCUUCACAGACCACAAAUCUUCUGUCAACUCUAUUGCUUGGGCUCCUCAUGAACUUGGACUAUCCUUGGCUUGCGGGUCAUCCGAUGGAAACAUUUCGGUUUUCACAGGCCGGGCCGAUGGUGGCUGGGACACAACAAGGAUAGACCAAGCGCAUCCGGUUGGAGUCACUUCAGUCUCAUGGGCACCAGCCACUGCGCCCGGUGCACUUGUGAGCUCUGGUCUGCUAGAUCCAGUAUACAAGCUAGCAUCUGGUGGGUGUGAUAAUACCGUGAAAGUGUGGAAGCUCUCUAAUGGGUCGUGGAAGAUGGAUUGCUUUCCGGCUCUUCAAAAGCACACUGAUUGGGUCCGUGAUGUGGCUUGGGCACCGAACUUGGGUCUUCCUAAAUCCACCAUAGCGAGUGGUUCACAAGAUGGGAAAGUGAUCAUGUGGACAGCGGGGAAAGAAGAUGAGCAAUGGGAAGGUAAGGUUCUGAAGGACUUUAUGACUCCGGUGUGGAGGGUGUCAUGGUCAUUGACCGGUAACUUAUUGGCUGUUUCCGAUGGGAACAACAAUGUGACGGUGUGGAAAGAGGCGGUCGAUGGAGAGUGGGAACAAGUUACUGUUGUGGAGCCGUAG